AUGGUGUGGUUGAAGUGUUCUGCAGAUGCGAGUGAACAUGGGGGAAUUGGGGAUGUGGGCGUUGGUGUGGCGGAGCACAGCGAGGAGAACCGGAUGACAGUGGAGAAUUUGGCCAGUGUGUUCGCGCCCAACAUCCUGCGUCAGGCGGACUACGAUCCGGAUGUGGAGAUGUCUGUCACUCCUGUCAUCACCCUCACCAUCGCCGGUUUCAUUCGCUGUCAUGAGGAGCUCUUCCGCUACGAACUGACGCAUUUUGCACAGUUGCGCUGUGCUGCUCUCGCUUCCACCGCUGCUGGUGCCACCGAAGCCGGUGCUGCUGCGGCACCUGUAGUAGUGCAACAUCAGACUCGUCAGAACUUCUCUGAACCGCCGCCGGAAAGCGUGCCUGCUCUGACCACCUCCGUCCAUUGCAGUGCCAUGAUGGGGCAAGUGAAGGCUAGGUUUGGCAUCUCCAUCACUGCCUCUGGAAUGUAUGUGUUGCAUUUUCUCCGUUGGAUUGAGUUGACAACGGCGGUGAUUGGAGCACACAAAAUUGCAGCCCUUGGUUGA